AUGAAUCAAUCUCAUGCAUUGAAUGAUGACAAUCACAAUGACUUUGGAAGUGUUGGGGAUAGAAUAGAAGCAGAGACAGGCGAAGAUCAAGAUGAAAUCCUAAAUUUGUUAGAAGAUGUUUACAUGGGGACUACCAUAAAUGAUGAUGAAAAUGAAGAGGAUGAGGAGGACGGUGACAAUGACAAAGACAAUGACGAUGAUGUGGCUAACAAUGUUGAAAAAGAGGGCGUGCCCAACUUUAACAAAUUGUUGAAUGAUGCUCAAAGAGAGUUAUACCCUGGGUGUCGUAAGUUUUCUCUUUUAUCAUUUGUUGUUAAGAUGCUUCAUGUGAAGGUGUUGAAUAAGUGGAGCAAUAAGUCUUUCAACAUGUUGUUGGGGAUAUUAAAGGACCUUCUACCGGUAAGUGAUCAAGUGAUUCCAUGGACCCUUUAUGAAGCCAAAAAAUUCUUACGUGCCUUAGGCUUAGGAUAUGUGUUGAUUCAUGUAUGCAAGUAUGAUUGUGCACUUUUCUGGAAAGAGAAUGCAAAUUUAGAGAAUUGUCCGAUUUGUCAAGAGUCUAGAUACAAGUUGAAUUAUGGAAAAGAUAUGAGAUGGCAUAAAGAGAAACGAGUAGAUGAUGGGAUAUUGAGACACCCGGCUGAUGGUGAGGCAUGGAAGGAUUUUGAUAGGCAACAUCCUUUGUUUUCCCAAGAGAGUCGAAAUGUGAGGUUAGGGUUGGCCACUAAUGGUUUCAAUCCUUUUAGAAACAUGAGCAACUCGUACAAUAUGUGGCCUGUGAUUGUUAUGCCUUACAACUUGCCUCCUUGGAAAUGUAUGAAACAAUCAUUUAGUAUGCUGUCAUUGCUUAUCCCUGGACCACAAGCACCAGGGAGAGAUAUCGAUGUUUACAUGCAACCAUUAAUUGAUGAGUUGAAGGAGUUGUGGGAAGAUGGUGUGCUUACUUAUGAUGCCUCAAUUGAAUUAAGUUUUCAAAUGCAUGUAGCUGUUAUGUGGACAAUUAAUGAUUUUCCUGCAUAUGGCAACUUGUCAGGAUGGAGUACGAAAGGUUAUUUGGCUUGUCCCACCUGUAACAAAAAUGCUUCCUCACAACGGUUGAGAGGUAAGAUAGGGUACACAGGCGCUCGUCAUUACCUGCCUGAUGACCACCCUUGGUGGAGGAGUCGACUUUAUAAUGAUAAGACUGAGUUCCUGUCAAGACCUUUAGAGUUAUCAGGGGAACAAAUCUUAGAACAAUUGGAUUCAGGGACAUUCAAACCAUUUGGAAAGCAUCCAACCAAUAAGAAAGAAAAAGGAGAAAUCUAUUUUUGA